AUGACAAAUCAGGUCAGUCUACUUGAUAUUAUGCCUACGAUUCUUGACUGGUUUGAUAUAUCGCUCCCGCAAUACAAACUGUUUGGCAAAAAAGUGCGCUACACCGGCAAGUCAUUGAUUCCCUUCACUAAUCAGGAAAGACAUGAAGAGGUGAGGGAUGUGUUUGGGAGCCAUUCAUGGCAUGAGCUGACAAUGUAUUACCCGAUGCGAUCAAUACGUACCCAACGCUAUAAACUGAUCCAUAAUCUCAAUCAUUACGCGCCGUACGCUAUCGACGAAGACCUAUACCUCGCGCCGUCGUUUCAAUACAUACUGAACCGAACCCAUCAAUCGCUACCAAUUUAUUGGUUUAAAACAUUACAUCAGUAUUACUAUAGACAAGAAUACGAGUUAUUUGACUUGAAAUAUGAUUCAAUAGAGGCUAAUAACAUAUACUCUGAUAUGAAAUAUAAUAAUUUUACUAAAAUGUUAAAGAAGAGACUGAGGGGAUGGAUGUCUGCGACCGGCGAUCCCUUCAUAUGUUCGCCGCAUUCAGUAUUAGAGGACACCGGAGAGUAUAAAUCCAAACCAAAAUGUUUGCCAUUAUUUAAUCAC